AUGCAAAGGGCAAUCCAGCUCACCGCUCCAGGUGCCCCUUUUGUCCUCGGCACCCGCCCUAUUCCCCGACCCAAAUCCGGAGAACUCCUCGUGAAGAUCCUCACCACUGCUAUAAAUCCUUGCGACUUGUACAUGCAGGCCCGUGGAUAUCCAGGGCCUAUUCCCAAGCCAUGGCCGAACGUGUGUGGAUGGGAUGCAGCGGGAGUGGUAGAAGAGAUCGGGGAAGGAGUCCAGGGAUUCGUGAAGGGAGAUCGUGUUAUGUAUUCAGGAGACUUCGAUGAUGACAGAUACACGUUCCAGGAAUACGGGAUUACCGUUGCGGCCACGACAGCCAAGAUCUCCAGUGGUCUGUCUCUAGAAGAAGCGGCGACGUUUUCUACGGGUCUGUACACCGCCGCGAGCGGACUGUACGGAGAGCGUGCCACCGAGCAUCGAAGAUGGCAUGGUGGGGCAGGCCUCGUCGCUCCUUGGGAUGGAGGAGGUAGAGGGAUGUACAAGGAUGAACCGAUCAUUAUUACAGGCGGUGCAGGUUCUGUUGGGCAAUUCGCGAUCCAACUCGCGAAACUAUCUGGCUUCAACCCAAUUAUAACGACGGCCUCCGCACACAACGAAGCAUAUUGCAAAUCCGCCGGGGCGACGCAUGUGAUCGAUUAUCGCACCACGCCCUACUCUUCCCUUUCCUCAGUGGUCUCCUCCAUCCUGCUCGACACCUUCGGAGACGCGCACAAACCAAUCAAGACGAUUUUCGACACUGUCUCCAUCGCUGAAACCAAUAUCGCCUGUUGGUCCAUUCUCGCCUCCGGUGGAACGCUCAUCAUCACUUUGCCGCCCUCGAAGGAAAUCGGUAAUUAUGGAUUAGGCGCGGAAAAGAAUCAGGAUGGAAAAAGUAACGAUACACUGGGGGAUGUAAGGCUCGGAGAGAGGUUGUUCGGGGCGUUGGACAAGAUGAUCAGCGAGGAAGAUUUGAUGCCGAAUAGACUCGAGGUGCUGGAAGGUGGUUUGAGUGCGAUUGAGGGUGCAGCGAGGAGGAUGGAAGGCGGAGGUGUCAGUGGGCUUAAGUUGGUGGUGAGGGUUCCGGAUACUCCGUCGUUGUAG